AUGUCCCUCAGACAUUACUCACAAUUGGCCUUGAAGGAGGCUCGUCUCACCUCAGAAGCCGAACUCAGCAAAGUCCAAUCUCUAGAAGGGAUCUUACAAUCUGACCGUGAAAAUUUGAUUCUGGCAUAUGCAGGCUCAUUCAAUCCUCCACACAAAGGCCACAUAGAUGUGCUGCUAUCAGGUCUCAGGCCCGAGAUAGCGGCGGCCGCAAUCAUCGUUGUGCCUAGUGAAGAUCACUUCCUCAGGAACAAGAUUCGCGACAAGCAUCCAGAGUUUUUCCUUGAGCAGAAACGUAGAGCAGACAUCCUGGAAGCUCUUCUUCCAGUUCCGAAAGCGAAGGUAUGGGUAUGGCCAAGUACUUGGUAUCCAUUCAAAGUAUUUAUGGAGGCUUUGGUUCGAUUGACAGAGGCAGAUGGGUUCAAAACGACGUUCUUGUGGUUAAUUGGACCAGAUCUACUGAACUCAACGAAUCCCACUAUGGUCACACCAUAUGAACUCCCUGGUGUUCUGAUCUCAAAUAGGGCCAGGCAUAUUGUGGCACACUUUCUACCUGAUGGGAAGCCAGCUGUGUGGAAUGGGUUUGGGGAAUGGUCUCGUAGCCCGAGUAGUGCUAAAGAUGGUGAGUCUCUUCAUUUUAAUUCGGUUGAUAACUGGUGUUAG